GUUGGAAUACAGAGCCCCAAAGGAUCAGAGAGCAGUCUGAAUUCUCUUCCUCUCUCUGACACACAAACCCCUCCUGGAAUUAACACAGCUCCUGAGUGCCCUUCCGCCCUGACUUUCCUCUGCACCAGGAAUCUGUAGAACAAACCACUUCCCAGACCUUCCAGUCAAGCCAGGAAAAUUAAACGGGGGAAAAUAUUCUGAGGAAGUUUGAGACAAAGAAAUCAGAUUAUAAGGAGGCUAAAGGGACAGGACUUGAGGGGAACCAAAUUAGCCUCAGUAUGAAGGCUAGAUGCAGCUGGAGCACAAACAUGAAGUAAAAUUUGAUGUACCACAAGGAUAUUUCAAUUCAAUUCUCAAGGUGUGACCCGUGAAUUACAGAACAGAGAGGAGUAUCAGUGGGUAGCACCUGAAUAACUGUUCACACAGGGAUACUCAAACAUAGAUGGAAACUCUCUGCAAAGCUGAGAGACUGAAUGAGGUUAACAGGUCACAUUUGACCUCUCAUGGAUUGUUUGCUGCUCCAACCAAAAGAGAUGCCCACAGAAGGACUCAAUCAUAAAUGGCACAUACACGGGUUGCUAACUAUAUCCAUGAACUGAAAAUGAAUGGAAUCAUGGUUAUGACCCUGUAAUUAAGGUCACUAAUGCUGACCCCCUUCUGCUCUUGUCUAAGCUUGCUUCUCAGUUGACUUUGACUCAUGGAACCGAUUGGGAAUUGGGACAAGCUCCCAGCCAAUGACAGCAUCAAUGAGAUCGUCCUCAAGAACAGCUCCAAUUCCAGCUCUCAGUUUACGGGAGUCCAGUUGAUCCAGUCCUUCAAGCCCCUCAUCAUCCCCUGCUACGCCCUGGUGGUGCUGAUCGGCAUCUUCGGCAACUACCUUCUCCUCUACGUCAUCUGUAGGACCAAGAAGAUGCACAAUGUCACCAACUUCUUCAUCGGGAACUUGGCUUUCUCAGACAUGCUGAUGUGUGCGACAUGUGUUCCUUUUACCCUGGCCUACGCCUUCAACCCACAGGGCUGGAUCUUCGGGAAGUUCUUGUGUUAUUUCGUGUUCCUGAUGCAGCCUAUGACAGUCUAUGUGUCUGUCUUCACCCUCACAGCGAUUGCUGUAGACAGGUACUAUGCCACAGUGCACCCACUGAAGAAGCGCAUCUCGGUCACCACCUGUGUGUAUGUGGUGGGUGGAAUCUGGUUGCUGUCCUGCACGCUGGUGGCCCCCGCCAUCGCCCACACGUAUCACGUGGAGUUCCAGAAGGAAGGAUUUGCCAUCUGUGAGGAGUUCUGGAUGGAGAAGGAGAAGGAGCGCCUGGCCUAUGCCUACAGCACCCUGAUCAUCACCUACAUCCUGCCCCUCUCAGCUGUCUCCCUCGCAUACAUCUGCAUCACAGUCAAGCUGAAGAACCGUGUGGUGCCCGGUCACCCAACGCAAAGCCAGGCAGAGUUCGACCGGGUGAGGAAGAGGAAGAUCUUCCGCCUCAUCGUGCUGGUGGUGGCUGCCUUUGGAAUCUGCUGGCUCCCCAUCCAUGUCUUCAACAUCAUUCGUGACAUAGACAUCAAUCUCAUCAACAAGCACUACUUCCUGCUCAUCCAGCUGCUCUGCCACUGGUUCGCCAUGAGCUCCUCCUGCUGCAACCCCUUCCUCUACGCCUGGCUGCAUGACCGCUUCCGCAGCGAGCUGAAGAAGAUGUUCACCUUCAAGCAGAAAAUCAUCCCCACCAAUAACUGCGUAGCUGUGAGCGUGAUGCUCUGAGGCCCGGAAUCUGGGUUCUCUGCUUUCUGAUGGUCUCGCAUUUCUCUCACUCUUUGCAUCCCAAACUGAGACACACAAGAAUCAGCACACCCACCUCCUGAAAUGCAGGCUCCUCGCAGGUGGAAGGCUGUGACUAUUUACGAGUUUAACAGCAGCCAAUCAUAUUGCACGAGAGUUCUGGGACGUGAAGUGAAUGAUGCUGUAUUCCACCGCAAUUGCAAUGGGAGUUUGGGAUUUUAAAUUACAGAAUUACAAUAUGCCCCAGCUCUUGCAAAAAGUGCCACCAGGUCUUUAAUGUGUGCAAAUCAUGGGGUCCUCGGGUUUCUGCUCAUCUGCUCCAGCAGUGUCAUGUCCUUUAGAACGUGAUGAAGCUCAGUACUCACUCAGAGGAAAGAGCACAGGGUAUCUCCCACAUCUGCAUGGUCCCCAGAUGUCACCCAUCCAAGAACUGAACUUUAAGAACCAGAGUGCUUUUUUACCCAAAGCACGAUCAGCCUGGGGAACACACCAUCAUAAGGCAUCUUUGAGGUACAGACCAUAGCAGAUUUCAGAAUAAGGAUACCCAGAACACUAGACAGGACCAAAAUAUCAAAGGGAUACACACUGUCAUGCGUAAGCAAAGCACUAACUGCAGAGAGUCAGGAAGACAUUUUCCCAGGGGCACUGUACUACAUAACUGUCCAUUGUGGGGGUUUACACUUUCCUCAGAACCUUCUAGUAUUGUCCACUGUGGCAGACAAGAUUGUGAACUAGUUGGAUCUCAGGUCUGGUCUGGUCUGGCACUUCCUAUGUUUGUACAGCCUGCUUGCCAUGUUGGAUAUGAUACCACCACAGCACAAAGCAGCAUGACUUCAGGGCAAUAGCCUGGGGAAAAGUGGAUUUGUGUCUAAUGGUGAUGGGAGGGUGGGUAUAUGUGAACAAAUACUGCACCAUAUUCAGCCCUGCAUAUAUUGGUGCACAACCCCCACCGCUCCUGAUUAAGUUAAAUAGGAAUUGAACUGCUCCUCCAUUCAGUGGGGGUGAAAGACUGACUUAUUGUGCAUAGUUUCCUCUUUCUUUCUUUCUUUCUUUCUUUCUUUCUUUCUUUCUUUCUUUCUUUCUUUCUUUCAACAGAAGAAUGAUUUGGUUGGCCAUGGGAGGGGCUGCUUAAGAAGCUUGGGACAGUGAAGUAUAUGCACGAGUGUUUGGGGUUGCAAUGUAACUUUGUCAAAGCAUUCCUGUGUCUAAUACAAAACUCUUUCUUGCAUAUCUCAGAAUGAGGUUUGUUGGCUGGAAUCUGUAAUACUACAAUAAAUAUAAAGGAAUAACUACUUCAAGAUUCCUCUCUCAAACACUGAGCUUAGAGGCGAUUUUCUUUUCCAAAGUGCAGACGCUGCAGCCCUGAUGCCUGCUGGGAACAGAACUGCAGUGAGUGAGAUCCUAGUGAUGUGUAACUGACAUGAUUCGAAUGAUUUCAUCCCUCACCUCCUGUUCGCUGAGCAGAUGUGUUUGAUGCCUAAUAAAGCAGGGCCAGAGACUUGAGAUUCUUUUUUCUCAUGACGACGCCUUCGAAGAGAGGGUUGUUUUCAUCCAGACAUCAGUGGAUCUGGAUAUGGGGGAGGAUGUUUCCCAAUGGCUAUAGAACAGGACUAACAGUUAGGACUCCUGGGUUCUGUUCCCAGCUUUGCUGCUGUGUGGCCUUGGCCUAGUCACUGCACCUCUCUGGGCCUCAGAUGUGGCUAAUAAGUCUGCCCUAGCUCACAGGAGGGUUACAUUAGGGAUAUGAGUUUCCAGCUAAAUGUCUAUGCAAUGAGUGAGGAAGGAGAUGGGUGUGUGUGUGUGUGUGUGUGUGUGUGUGUAAAGCCUCUUAUGUAGUCCCUGUUCCAUUUCUUUCUCACUCUUUCCCCCUCCUCUUCCUGUCCCUUUGGCCCAGGGCCCAGUGAGGUUUAGCAGGUCCCUGACCCGGAUUUCCCACCUGCCCACCUUCUCUCUGCUCCUAGCCACAUUCAGAAGCCGGCCUGGAAAGGGUUUCACUACAUUGCCCACUUCACCGCAUUGCCCCUCUCCAGCCCUUAGUGCAGCUGUGGGAUUUUGGGGCAGGGAGGUACAUCGGUACCAUUGGGAUUUUGUGAUUUUCUGUUGUGGCCUCUCUCCUUUCUGGAAUCAGCUCUGAUAAUCCCCUCUGAAAAAGGGAUGCAGCAGGCUGACGCUUAUGUCACCCAGCCAAAGAGCACUGUCACCCAGCUACCUAACAGCUAAUCACCUACCACCCAUAAAAGAUAUACACUGGCCACAGAGAGCUCCCUGUUGAGGGACUCCACUUUAGCCCCUGCAAUGCCAGGCCCAGUGGGCGCUAGGUAGCAGCACCCUGAGGUGCACUGCCCGGAGUGUCUUCUGUAGGGUUCCAAAUGCGACCCUUUGUUGCCCCACUCUGUGUAAUUUCAGGGGGAAGUCUGGGGAGAUCAGUUGUAGAUUUCUACAGUUGUGAUGUGACAAAGGCAAGCCGAUGUGGUGGCUGUGCUGUAUGCAUCUAUUUUGAUUGGAUAAAAACGUAUGCAGAGUUGAUGUGGCCCAUAGGACCCUGACAAGAUGCCACCAUGGAUCUCAGUGUCAGUCACGAUUUGGGCAGACCGAAUUCCUUCAGGCUUGUGCCAGCCUGUAGGAUACUGGCAAGGAUGCAGCAGAAUUAGGGUGCCCAGACAGCAAAUGUGAAAAAUUGGGACGGGGGU